AUCUCGUAGGACUCCCUGUUGCUGUUCUAGUAAAGAAUAUGCGCAGUAGUAGUUUUAAAUAUGGUAGAUGAAUACUUCAAAACCAAAGGCCAUGUGCUAUACUAAACGAAUUUGAUACACAGAAGUCUACCGGAGGUCGCUGCAGCAGCUAUCCUAGAAUCUUUUUUGGAGGUGAGUGGACGUGGAAGGAAUAGCGGAUGCUCCCAUCCUUUUUCCGGUGUAAACGAUUGAACUGAUAACCCGAUAUUCGCAAUUAUAGCGAGCGAAGAAAAAAUACUUUUCCUAUAGCAGCGUAUAGCAACCCUGAAGCAGUCCAACCGCAGAAACUUUCACAAGGAAGAGAAAAUGGUAGUGCCACGUGGAUCGCCCGCAAAGACUGCCUUGUCGCUGGCCGAUACCAGUCCUGCAAAGCAUGGUGAGAGCAUCGACAUCACCUUUUCCGGCGCAGCGAUUUCCGCAGGGGCAUCCGCGGUAUCCCAUAUUCAGUUUUCAUUUGUGACUCACUACACUGUCUCUGUGUCGCCUCUACGACCUCUUCCUAUUUUAAUAUUAUGAAUUUUGCAUUUGCAGAGUCUCUCAUUGUCUUUGUCAGGUUCCCGGUAGCAACUAUUGCGAUGCCGAGGAUCCUUUUGGCCUAUCUCCGAGUGUGCAAAAAGGAUCAAGCGCUUCGGUCAUCCCACGUUUAGCCCUCGAGGUGAAGCAGAAGCAUGGCCACGGUCAUCUUGGCAAUUAUCCGCAAGGUUCUUCAACAUGUAGAACAUCUUUCAGCACCACGACGGGCACGACGACGGCCGCCACAUCUUCAGUAUGCACUUCGGCGAAUAGUACAAGUCGCGGAAGAACGGCGUCAUCGUCUGAGCCAAGCGGACCACGAGGUCAACAAGUAGCAACAGUCGAAGUUGAUGUAGUCGUGGAGCCGCCAGAUACGGCUCGUUUCGGCUGCGGGGACCGAGAUGCGGAGGAAGAUGACGAAUUCUGCAUCCAAAACAGGAAUGUCCGAGACAUGACCGACGAAUCUGAGGAGAACUCUGCCUCGUCACCGCUCUGGUCGUCGUCGUAUGAUGACCACUCAGCGCGAGAAGAACGUGGCAGAGCAAGCAGGUCGAGCAGUACGACCGAAGACAUUAAAGUUAAACUUCUCCAAGGUACAACUACUGGAGUUCGUGUUCGCGAAGGUGACGAAGACGACGAUGCUCCUGCUCGUGCACCAUCUAUGAAUAAGAGUAGCUUCAUAAGCAAGGGUCGGAAUAGUAUCAUGAUAGCGCAGGAGGAUCAUGUCGAUGCGACCUCUCUUCAACAGCAACAAUCCUCGAUAGCUGCAUCAGAUAAUUCUGUUGAGGACGAGAAGCAUUGUGGUGACGCGAAUAGAAGCACAUCCCGAGUUCGCAGCCUUGUCGCGAAGUUUAGUGGAGUUCGAAACAGUCCAUUGAAACGCUUGAGUCCAGUAAAAAUGGCAACUCUCGGAACAGAACGAAGAAAGUGGCAAGAUCACUAUCUUCUCCGUGUCAAACAGGAUAAAAACAGCACGGCUGGUACAAGAACUGCUGAUCCUCCUACUUUUCUUGAACGAGAGGACGACGACGUUGCGGAUCAUUCAGAUUCUGCAGUAAUCGCUACGACUAGGAGACUUAUCGCAGGUACUCAGUCGGCAGAAUUCCCACCAGGGUUUUUCGCGAGAGGUGGGAGAGACGAGGAGAGCGGCAGAGGAUCUAAAAGUGAGGUCCAGGAGCCCUCAGACUUUGGUUUAGACGAUGACGGCGUUGGGCAAGCAGGAGAACAAGCAUCAGAGGAGGCCGCGAACGAUGCUGGACGCGAAGUUGCGCAGUGCGUUAGUAACUACAUCAGUGAUGAUCGAACGAGCAUCAUCAGAAAUAGUUUGAAGCUGAUCUGCGACCUCCGGGAGAAAAUUAAAGGGACGAGUGAGGCUGGUGCGUCGACAGCGUUGCUCGGAGGCGCAACUACUUCAAAGGAAUCACGAACAGGCGCAACAGACAUGUCGACGAUUGCGAACAAUAAAUCUGCUUCUGCAAAUAGUAAUAGUACAACUUUUGCUACUGCUUCUUGUCCUACUACUUCUUCUACAAGUUGUACAACUACAAGAACCUCUCGAGGUCGAAAGCAACGAGCGUGGACAACAACUGCACUGGAGGAGGAAGUGUCUUCGACGAGCGCCACAGCACGAGCGUGCGGUAAGACGAAGCACAUCUCUACCUCCGUUUUAGAACGUGGAGCAGAGGUUUUAGACCGCAAACAGAAACUGCAAAAUCCGAGACAGAAUCAAGGUGGAGAAGCAGGAGGAGGUACUUGUUCAACCCCAACCGGAGGAGCUGGCUCGAAUGUUUCGAGUUCGAUGCUCAGGGAGAAUAAGCAGGGCAGCAAAAGCACCACUGUAGAAGUGUCGGGUCACGCUAGCGUUCCCGUGACAGGACAUCAAGCACGAACAGUGCGUGCAGCAUCCACGAGGUUGACGCCGAACAAAGCUCCAGGAGGACGCAAGAAGAAGUUUUCGCCGACGAAGAGGAGUCCAAAUAAGAAGGAAAAGUACAGUCCGCACAAGAAGCUAGCGGCAGGAGCCUCUUCUCCGGCUAAGACACCGGGAAGUCGAUCAUCGAGACGUAAGAAUCCAUUCUUAGUGCCGGCUUCCUCGCGCGCGUCCGGAACCGGAUCACUGGACACCUCCUUUUCUGCAGGUAACCUUCAAGAGCACGGUGGGCAAAGCUCAGAGCAGCCAUCUGCAUCUUCUGCAGCUAUUGUUAACGAGCCUAUUCCAUUGGCAUCCGAGCAAGAGGGUGGUAGCAGCAGUAGCAGUUCUUCGUCAGGCGCAAGCAAUAAGUUGUCCAUGACCUUACGAAACCUGCAUACGGAGAUGCAGGGUCGCGUUCGGUCUAUGCUCGGUCAAUAUUCGCCGAAACGAGUAUCUCCAAAGAAGAACGGAAAAUCGCCGUGGAGAAAGCGUGGAGCUGCUUCGAGACUAGCAGGUCAGAAAAACAGUAAUUGUUCGGCGUCAACUACACCUAGUACGAGUUGUAAGAGUAACCAUUACAACGAGCGAACCUCCGGAACAGGAACGCCAAAGAUGAUAAGUGUGCCCGAUAAGAGCGUACUUGCAGAGCGCGCUGAUGGCGACAACAACCAUGGGGAGUCCGCUCUUGGAAGAUUAGGUGCAGAUGUGGGCGGGAACGACGGCGGCGUCAAUACCAGAAUGGCCCAAGAAGCAGAUAAAGGCGAAGCAGAUAAUGGCCCCUCGGUCGGCGGGUCACAUCUAGGCCCCGGCAAAAGCUGCGCUCUAGCGCGCAACUGCAGUGCGAGACGAUCUUCAUCAAAAAAAGGGGAGAAAAGGCCUGCAGCAUCUCAUCAGGCAGAGCCAGAAGCUGAAAAUCCUAGUGAGACAACGAGGACAGCACCCUCAAAAGCUGCAAGCAAGACAAGUAUGAUGAGUAUUGACUUUGACGACCCUGAAAUCGAGAAGACAGCUGGUGACGUGCCAGAAUCUUCGUCUUCUUCGAAAAGAACUUCAUCCGCUGCUUUGCCGCAGACCAACGUGUUGUUAGGGACACCUCGGGAGUACUUCCGGCCACGAGAAUAUCGACCUGUCCUAGAGCAGAGGAAGCGGCUUUCUGAGGAGUUUUCUUAUGGCUCUCCCGAGUCAAAGGCCGUUUCUCCGGACCUCAUCGCAGACGAUUCCAAACUCUCGUCAAAGGAUGCCGUGUAUGAAGAUGCUGACGAAAAUUCUCACGCUUUUGGCGAUAAGGAUGGGGAUACCGACUCUACUUCUAGCAAAGGACGAUUGAGCGCACCAGGUGCUGAGAGUAGUGCAAAUAGAAGAAGUACUCCUACUUCACUGAGAAAUCGUAGGGAUCAUAAGUUAGAACAACAACAAGUAGGACUAGGAGCAGCAGAUGAAAGAGGACGUAGUAGUGAUGGUGGUGCUGGUGGGGACCACAGCGAAAAGAUGGAAGGUCAUACCCGCGAAGAGGAUACUCGUCAUGAUCGGGAAGGACCAAGAGUCAUGUCCUCUCAAAGCAGAAGGUUUGCUCGUUCUGUGAGCAGGAGAAGAGAGGACAGCACUACAGGAGGCGGGCAUGAUGAAACGUGGUUAAGCGUAAACAGCGAAGCGGAUGAGAGUUUGGAGGCACGGUCGCUCUCACGUCCAAGAACAGCAGCCAACCGAUCGCAUCCGAGCUCGAUCACGAUACGAAAGCAUAGUCAGGUUGUCUCCGGAGACGCGAAGUUUUUCAUGGACCAGGAUUGUAAGGACAGAGUAGAUGACAAUGGAGGAGAUAACAAUAAGCAGGUCGUACACGUACAGGACAAUGUUGACGCUAGUGAUGCAAAAGUAACCUCUUCACGACAGCGAGAGCGAACACCAGUGCGAGCGUUGCAAGAGUUCUGGAAUAGUCGGGUUCAGGAAAUCUCCGAGCAGCAAAUGGCGGAUCGCUCCAGGCAGCGCGAUCUCGUGCAGCGGGGGAAAGAACGCGCAUCCUCGGUUUUGGAGCAAAUCGAGCAACGACGGUCGCAAUCAAGCCGAGCGCGCAACUCGACAGCAGACGAUAUAGACGAUGAGUUGACGCCGGCGGCGAAUGAGAAUAGACAGUCUGCGGAAUGGAAAUUCGGUAUGAGCAAACGAGGCGCCGGAAAAGACGACAGUAGAGCCUCCGUGCAGGAAGCGCAAAGUACAAGGGAGAGCGCGGCGGCCCCAAGCAGUCAGAAACAAGGAGUGCGCGGCAGCGCAACGUCGCAGACGAGAGGAGGUGAACCCGACAAUAAGACCGCUUCGGGCGCGACGGCGCGAGACUCAACAAGGGCGCUUUCAUCUCGCCCUAAAACUGCAGUCAUCAAUGGCGAAUCGGCAUCGAUGUCAUCGAGGCCUUCCAGUCGCGUCGUCUCUUCCAAUAAGGCUGGCGGAAGGGCAAGUCCUCAGGAGAUGCCACGUAGGUCGAAAUCGGCAGUGCUACAGGAGCCGGUCCUUCACACAUCGAAUUCAAGAGCUGGAGCGCCAAGAUUCGGUCACAGCAUGCACCAGGAGGGUGCACAGAGUGCAAAAGCGGCGACUAGUGCGGGCCCUCGAGGACAUGUCAGCAAGAACAAGACCGUGACGACUACACCUGCGGCAUCCACUUCAUCUGCAGGUGGCUCGACAUCAACCGGCUCCUUCCAUCGCUCAGUGACGAAGGGGGAGUCGGCUUCCGGUGUGUCUUAUUCUAAUAGUACUCCAGCUACUUCAUCUUCGACAUAUGGGCGUUCAGCAUCAACGAAGCCUGUGGUGCAGCAGCCAUCUUCGAGGACCAGAGGGGCUCAAAGCGGAUCAUCUUCUGGGACAGGCACGACGUCAGUGAAAACGAAAAAGUUUGCGCCACUGCAACCGAGUAGCAGAUCGCGGUCUCGGACACCCACAGGGGCUUCAGCGACUGGUAGUGCUAGUUCCUCUUCUGCUAGCGUGGCUAUGGUCAACACUGGAUCAAGUGCAGGUCCCCCCGGACAGCGUUCUGUCAUGGCACCCGGGUCGUCAAAAGUGCAAUUACAGCCAGGAAGUCGAACAGUCGCUGCGCCUGGUCCGCCGGGUGCCAGAAAUAGUGUUCCGGUUGCGGUCGAAAGCGCAGGGACGCCAAGACCAACGCCAGAAUUCGUUACGCGAGGUUCCAUGGCCGAAGCCUCGUCGGUAGCCACGGCCUCACCUGCUACGCUGGUGACGACUAUUCGUUCUGAAGGCUGCGUCUCUUUUAGCGACAGGCAGCGACAAGACCCGUCUCGGACACAGCCGUCCUCAGAGGUUAGUUCGUCGGCAAACACCACGCAGAUCCUCGCCUCCUGUCAUGCUUCUCCAGUGCAGGAGCAGCCGCAUCGACCUGUUGCCGGCGAGGUGGCGAUAGCAUCAUUGACCUCCCAAUCACAGAAAGGUGGAGCUCAGCCACGCCAGGAGGAAGAUGUCGGAAUUUCGAAUCUUCCCUACCGCCCGAUAAGCCCGACGGCGAACCAGAACUACUCGUCCGGGGAUGGGUCAGCAUCUUCGUCUCGAGCAGUUAUGAAUUUCCCUAGCACAAAUACUUCCGCGGUCUCGCCUGGCACGCAGCAUGCAGGUACUGCUAGUGCAGCUUCCCCAGCCGGAACGACGGCAGCACCAGUCGUGGCGACGCGGAUUGUCAGCGGAACCGCUGCAGCGCGUGCUUUUGACCAAUCGACGGCUAUGCCUCCCGCUUUUACGAGCUCAUCAUCCGUUGGAGGCAGGUUCGUCGCACCGAUGAAGUCGCCGGGGACAAUCGUUGGGAGCGCGCCGUCGCCGUUGAUGCCAACGGAGACUCGACGUGAGGGCCACAGAAGUGUCGGUGCAGCGCCGUUGUCUCAACGUCAUACGGCUUCGAUGGCGAUGCAACAGGGUGCUUUAUCUGCAGCGGGAGGUACACAUUCGUCUAAAUUGUGGUCCCUGUAAUUCUGUACUACUACUUGUUUUUCUUGGGUGUGUGCGUAUAUCUGACAUGUCGUGAAUCUGUGGAAAUGUUUCUCACUGCUCCUACGAGGCGUUGCUUGUUACUGGUCUCUUCACACAUUCAAAUUCAAACCUUUUUUUCUCAGCUGCUACGGCACCGACCUUCUGCCCUGCGCCUCGAAUCGCGGUACCUCAACUGACGUCCGCGUUCCAGCUUGGAUCUGGCUAUAGCUCAGUCCCUGCCUUCUGCAGUGCUCCGCAACUGUUCGCAGCGUCCACCUCCUCCUCGUCUUCGCUCCUUCAACCGACUCCGCUCGGCCGUUCACCGGCGACCAUGCAGCGCUCUGCAACGCCUACUUCCGGCUUGAUCCACCCAGGUGACAGAGAUGCUAGAUCAACUCCCUUCAUAGGAGGCGCAGCUUUUUCCGCAGGGACAACAAACACAUCGUCUUCGUCUUCGACUUCUAGUACUACUGGUGGAACGACAUCAACGAUUUUGAGUUACAAGUCGCCUCAAGUGAUACAACACCAGCAGCUGAAUUACGGUCUCCCUUCGUUGCAGCACCAAGCAACUACUUCUUGUAGGAGUUCGGGAGCUCCUUCUCCCUUGAUAUCACCAUUGCAACCACGCACGCCUCAGCAAACGCAACGCUUCGAGGGCGCGAACAACUUCACCUUGAAAUGUCCACAAAGUCCGCCAAAGCAAAGUGGUAACGCAGGGGCCACUACUUCAGCUAGUAGUACUGGUCCGCGUCCGCCUCCGCCGUCUUCCACUAUGGUUGGGUCCGCAGCGAGCUCCACAGGUGGAGGCCCUCGUGUUUCCACCAACAGUUCAUCUUCGACAUCUAAAACCACUAUUAGCACCUCCAAAAGCAAUAGCAAAGUCGAAAAUGCCAGCAUGAACAUUGGCCAUGGCUUCUCAACGAGCAGUAAUGCGACAACUAGAAGUGUCACUCCGCCAGCUCCAGGGAGAAGCCUGCAACAACAUAUUCAGCAUGGCAUUCGACAGAGCACAGCUUUGAUGAAAAACACACCCACCAUUACACCAAUCGCGAACACGAAGAGUCCUCUUGUAACACCUGCUAAAAAAUCUUCUUCAGCGCUCCUUCCCGGCGCAAGAGGUGUAGUAGCAGGUUCUUCGAGUGCAUCAGCAUCUUCACAACAUCAAGCUACGUUCUCGAAGCAAGCUAGUGCAUCAGCAUCUUCACAACAUCAAGCUGCGUUCUCUGGUGUAUUUCCAAGUCCAACCGAGAGCUCGAUUCAGAUCGAGAUUCAAGGUGCUCAAUCUUCGCCGAGUGGCGAAGGCUCCUCGUCGAAUAGUGCAAGCGUGUCUGCGUCCGUGCCGACCCCUGGCGUGGACGCACUUGCAAACGCACGGCUCGACGGCCUCACUGCGGGACUGCUGAACGACUACAGGAGUCCAAACUCGAUCAAAGACUUUGAAAUCAUGGACCUCAUCGGAAAAGGCACGAGCGGGGAGCUGUAUCGUGUGCGGCCUAAGGCGAGUUUUCGACAGAGUCCAGCUUUCGUCAAGCCUAAUCCUUUCAGCGGUAGUCCAGGGCCCGCGGAAUUGCCAAGCUUUUACGCCCUCAAGAUUAUACGGAAAAGCAAGGUAACAAUAUGAAUACUAUAAGUGAAAAUUAUAAAGUGUUCCUCGAUCCCAAAUAAGAACUUCACAGGACUUGCGAGAGCAGGUGGUGCGUCCAGGUGUUUUUUGAAGAACGAGGUGAUCAUGAUCAACAAGGAGAUUAUUGGAUCAUUCACAACAAGAGCUUACUCCUUUGAUCUAAUAUCAGAGUAGUUUAUAGCACGCAUGGUGCAUGGAGUAGCAUGGAGUGCAUGGAGUGCAGAGCUUUAAGGGGCGCAAGAAGCUCCCCCUUUAGCUCCAUGCUACUCCAUGUGAUCCAUGCACUCCAUGCCAUGCGAGCUGUGAAACCUUAUAAAUUUCUCUGUAAUAUGUGUAACGACCCAAACCGUAAGGUAAGGAUAAGGAUCAGCUUUCUGCUAUCCUCUCAGUAUGAGUCCCGUCGCAGCUGAGGAAGCUCCGCUUGACUAUGAUCCCUAAUAUUCAUACUAGGUGAAGCAGCUGAAGAUGCAAGAUUUUUUGCUUCGGGAGAUCGAGAUUCACUCAACCCUGAAUCAUCCGAACGUCUUGCGGUUUUACGACUAUUUUACGGACUCGCGAAAAAUCUAUUUGCUACUCGAACUGUGUCGAUCCGACCUUUACGCGCUGAUGAAAGCCGGAACUACGAGCAACAACGCUACGACUGCGACUGGUGGUUCUAGUUCGGUGGUGGGUGCAGGAGCGGUGACUGCCAAUCAAAUAGCUUCCAGUGGGUCUACAGCAGAGACAAAGGCGCAAGGUCGCUUUUCCGAGGCUCAGGCAGCGGAAUACAUGCACCAGAUCUGCACAGGCUUCGCCUAUUUGCAUCAAAACAAGGUGUUGCAUGGCGACAUCAAGCUCGAGAACAUCCUCAUAGGAAUGGAUGGCCUCGUCAAAAUAGCAGAUUUUGGGACUGUGUGUAAGUCACAAACGCUCAAACGUAGCACGUUUUGCGGAACUUUGGACUACCUCGCUCCGGAGAUAGUGGAAAGAGGGGAAAAAGAGUACGCUGGGGAUCGGACCGAUGUCUGGGCUCUCGGCAUCAUGCUAUUCGAGCUCAUAACUGGAAAACCACCGUUUGAGGACGAAGAUACGUAUCCCGAAUGAUAUAGAUAUUGUAGUUGAUGGUGUUGGUUGAUUGGACUGGGAGAGACAUCGAUUAUAAGUAGUUGCGAUGUCUGCGUCUGUCUUCAGUGAUAAUUAUGUUAACAAACUACAAAUAGAAAUACAAAAACAAAUUUAAAUAAUAUACAAAUGGUACAUGAUAUAGAAUCUUCAACAGCUCUCCCUCUCACUCCGACACGAAAUAAGAUGCAACCAUCUUCUUGUCUUCAGGUACAAGACAUGCCGUCGUAUUCUGAAGCGUGAGCCAGUCUUUCCGACUGACAUGACGUCGGAAUGUUCCGAUCUUAUACGUCGCAUGUUGCAGAAAAAUCCGAACCAGCGCUGCAAUCUCGCAGGUGUGCGCAGCAGCGCGUUUUUCAGAAAGCAUGGGUUGGGCUAGGAAGAUUCCUUGCCCUCUGAUUUUUUGAUCAAGAACAUGAUACUUACGUUGUUGAUGUAGCACUGCUAUUAUAGCAUCAGUGUUAGCAGAAGCAGGGGAUAUCAUCGCAGUCAAGUAGAAAUAGAAUUAGGUGGAAUUAUAAAGACAAAAAGGAACAGCAACUGGGACAACCACAACGUCACCUUUCAUCUAGGAAUCCAGUAAAUGUUCAUUGUAUAAUCAACCUGUUGUCCGUUUUUGUUUAGUACAUUGAAUACUUUGAAUAUCAACCGACAUGCCCUUGCAUAAUUAACCUCUUUCGAUGUGAGGAUUGAGGCACUGAUUCUGAUAGCUUGACCUACGUAGGGAAAAACAGGCUAUGACAACUCAAAAAUGUAGUUUUUAUUAUCUCACGCAUGCAUCGGCAUCUCCAUCUAGUACACCUUCAGCUUCGACACGCGAAUGACAGAAAGACACACACUAGUGUUGGUCGUUUUCUAGUUUUACCACGCUUCAUCUUCCCCAACAGACUCGAUACGUAUUUCCUGCAGUUCGUUGAAGACAAAAACACAGAGAUUGAACACGGCCAGCGCAAGCAUUCACAACGUGUUUGGGUAUACGUUUCGUUUUCGCUUGGUUCCAACACGGUGGUAUGGACGAGUUUGAGUUGUCAUCAAGCACCAUAAGCGCCAUUAUGAUUUCUAUCAUCUAAUGCCGGAUAUAGCUGGUACUGCUGGCUGUGCGGGAUUAUGUCCACCUGCGGCUGAGUGGCUUCUACGUGCUUAAGAUAGUUUCACUUAUACGUGAAUGAAUACGUGCGGUCAUUGAGUCCGGAUGAGCGACUUGCUCAGGAGAAGAAAAAACAAAUUUAGUGUGGCCGUCUUGGAGUGCAUUAUAGAUGAAAAUCAUCCUAGUUCUGCAAACAAGUGUCGUAGUAAUGAAAAAGGAUGAGUAACAAGAAGCCACAAAAGAAAAAGGAAAAAAAACGAAAAAGUGAGCAUAUAGACGCUCUGCAAGACCGAACUAUUGUCGCAUGAUCGAACAGAAUGCGAAGACAAAAACAAGAGAAGGAAUACGAAACUUUGUUUCUAGUAUUGCCAUAUGAAAUACACAUAACAAUAAGUACUUAUAAUAUAUCGAUUAUAUUGUCUACUCUUCAUUUUUGGCACCGACAAAGUAAAGGACAG